AUUGAGAGAUUCACUCAUUCCCAAGAAUUACCCACGUAUUAUACACCAACUUAUUUGAAUAUAAAAGCAAACCAAAAAGUCCUUUUUCUUCUCACAGUCCCUUCGUUAAAACGGUCCAAAAAACGCCGUUAGCUUCCAAGAAUUACCACAACAAAAAAAAACUAUCCUUCGAAUCAUCACCACCACCUAUCGACAUAUAAUGUCAUCUGCACCGGCCACCAUCGCCACCUCCAGCAUUGAUUUUUCUGGUAGUUUAGCCAUGCCAUGUUGCACCAAUAAUAAUUCCCACAAGGAUUCCAUGGAGGAUUUAGUUGCUUUAAAAAUCAGCCUCUUGGGUGAUUAUCAUAUUGGAAAGACAAGUUUUUUGACAAAGUACGUAGGAAAGGAGAAAGGGGAAGAAAGGUUUACAACAACGGGGUUAAACCAUAUGGACAAAACUCUCUGUGUUAGUGGUGCUAGGAUUUCUUAUAAUAUGUGGGAAGUCGAAGGUGACAUUUCUCAUAUUCCAGUUGCUUGUAAAGAUUCAGUAGCAAUGUUGUUUAUGUUUGAUCUCACAAGUCGUUGUACAUUAAAUAGUGUGAUUAGCUGGUAUCAACAAGCACGAAAAUGGAAUCAGACGGCAAUUCCAGUUCUAAUAGGAACAAAGUUUGAUGAUUUUGCCCAGUUACCAUUAGAUGUGCAAUGGGCAAUUGCUUUACAGGCAAGGGCAUAUGCAAAGGCACUAAAUGCAACCUUAUUCUUCUCAAGUGCAGCCUACAACAUAAAUGUGAAUAAAAUCUUCAACUUCAUCACUGCAAAGAUCUUCAACUUACCAUGGACAUUGGAGCGUAACCUCACCAUUGGAGAACCCAUUAUAGACUACUAGAUCUUCUUCCAUUUUUUCUAUUAUCAAAUUCCUUCAUUAUCCCUAGAGAGAAAAGAAGAAAAGAAAAACAUUAUUUUAAACUGUAGAUAUCAGGAUAUUCACAAAUAUCAUUGCAAACGAAAUGAUCCGCAUAGACAACCGGUCGCUGGAUCAUGUUGGUGUUACUAUAGCCAGUGAAAUUUCGGGUUGUCUUGGAUGUCAUUCCGUUAAAUCGACAAAUUUUGUGAACGGAGUACGAUUUUUCUUGUUUUUUUUUUCACUGGACAAUGACUGCAAUUUUUUUAAUAGAGUUCUUUGAUCAA